CAACCUUAUUUUGACUUUAUAAACAAUUUUAAAACCGCCUGCACGUUUGGAAACGAGAAAAAUAAUUUCCCAGUAAGAUAAUUUUAAAUUAAAAACUAUGGCUGAAACAGAGAAAAUCGAAGUACGCGACAUUACGCGCAUCGAGCGCAUUGGCGCCCAUUCGCACAUUCGCGGUCUGGGCUUGGACGAUGUCCUCGAGGCACGUGCUGUCUCUCAGGGCAUGGUGGGGCAGAAGGACGCCCGCCGUGCCGCUGGCGUCGUGGUGCAGAUGGUGCGCGAAGGAAAGAUUGCCGGUCGCUGUAUUCUGCUCGCUGGCGAGCCGAGUACCGGCAAAACUGCCAUUGCCGUGGGCAUGGCCCAGGCUUUGGGCACAGAGACGCCAUUCACCAGCAUGUCUGGCUCGGAGAUCUACUCGCUGGAGAUGAGCAAGACGGAGGCGCUGUCCCAGGCCCUGCGCAAGAGCAUCGGUGUGCGCAUCAAGGAGGAGACCGAAAUCAUCGAGGGCGAAGUGGUGGAGAUCCAGAUCGAACGCCCGGCCACCGGCACCGGGCAGAAGGUGGGCAAGGUGACCCUGAAGACCACCGAGAUGGAGACCAACUACGACCUGGGCAACAAGAUCAUCGAGUGCUUCAUGAAGGAGAAGAUCCAGGCCGGCGAUGUCAUCACCAUUGACAAGGCAUCCGGCAAAGUCAACAAGCUGGGGCGCAGCUUCACACGUGCCCGCGACUACGAUGCCACCGGCGCUCAGACACGCUUCGUGCAGUGCCCCGAGGGUGAGCUACAGAAACGCAAGGAAGUAGUCCACACCGUGACGCUGCACGAGAUCGAUGUGAUCAACAGUCGCACCCAUGGCUUCCUCGCUCUCUUCUCUGGCGACACUGGCGAGAUCAAGCAGGAGGUGCGCGAUCAGAUCAACAACAAGGUGCUGGAGUGGCGCGAAGAGGGCAAGGCCGAGAUCAAUCCGGGUGUGCUGUUCAUCGACGAAGUCCACAUGCUGGACAUUGAAUGCUUCUCGUACUUGAAUCGUGCUCUGGAGUCGGACAUGGCUCCGGUGGUGGUGAUGGCCACCAAUCGCGGCAUUACACGCAUUCGCGGCACCAACUACCGCAGUCCCCAUGGCAUACCCAUCGAUCUGCUCGAUCGCAUGAUCAUCAUUCGCACCGUUCCCUACUCGGAGAAGGAGGUCAAGGAGAUUCUGAAGAUUCGCUGCGAGGAGGAGGACUGCAUCAUGCACCCAGAUGCGCUGACCAUCCUCACACGCAUCGCCACCGACACCAGUCUGCGCUAUGCCAUCCAAUUGAUAACCACCGCCAAUUUGGUGUGUCGCCGUCGCAAGGCCACCGAAGUCAACACCGAGGAUGUCAAGAAGGUCUACUCGCUGUUCCUCGACGAGAAUCGUUCCAGCAAGAUCCUGAAGGAGUACCAGGAUGACUACAUGUUUAGCGAGAUUACCGAAAAGGAGGAGGAAUUCGCCUCAGUCGGAGGAGGCUCAAAACGUCGCUCGGAGGCUGGCGGCGGAGGCGGCGAUGCCCAGGCCAUGGAGCAUUAGUUUUUAGUCCUUCCUUCCCAGCAUACUUACACACCCCCAGUACAUUCUAAUUUCUAUUUGCUUGUUCAAUAAA